CGCAGACGCCGCUCCCACUCCUCACUUCCGCUUCCUCGCAGCGCGGACCUCUGUGCCUCCCGGACUUUGCGACCGCGGCGGCAGCUGGUGAAGAUGUUAGGCCCUUUUAAGAAGAACGCCGUCAUCGGCCUCAACCUGUACUGUGGCGGGGCCGGCGCUCCCCCGUCCGGCGCGCCCCUGCUGGCUCCUGGCAAAGGAACGACCGUGGAGAGUUCGGCGCCGCGGUGCGACGGCGGGCAAGUGGAAGCGGGGACGACGACGACGUCAGCGGCGGCGGUGGCGGGAGCGGGGUUAAUUGGCGGAAGCGGCGGCGCGAGUCUCCCGGACCUGGUGCCGGGCGCCCGGGGGGUCCCGCGGACUGCGCUCAUUGGCGCGGAGGUUCCCGACGUCACCGCCACCACGCCGGGACCGUUGUUAUUCUCGCGGAGCUGCCGCCUCUCCUUGCCCGCCGCCGGGGCCGCGGACGCCGUCAUGUCCCCCGAGGACGAGCUGGACGGCUACGAGCCCGAGCCCCCUGGGAAGCGGCCCGCCCGCCGGUCGCUGCUGGCCCUGACCCUGGCUCGAGAGGGCGGGGACACCUCGAGCGGCUCCCACGGCUCGCUGCCCUCGACUCCGCCCUCGGCCGAGGAGGAGGAAGACGAGCUGUACGAGCAGUCCUUGGAGCUGAUCACCCGGUACCUGCGCGAGCAGGCGGCCGGCUCCAAGGACGCCAAGCCCCUGCGCAGCGGGAAGGCCCUGGAGACCCUGCGGCGCGUGGCGGACGGCGUCCAGCGCAACCACGAGACGGCUUUCCAAGGCAUGCUUCGGAAACUGGACAUCAAGAACGAAGAGGAUAUUAAAGCUGUGUCUCGAGUGGUAACUUGUGUGUUCAGUGAUGGAGUAACAAACUGGGGCCGGAUUGUGACUCUCAUUUCUUUCGGUGCCUUUGUGGCAAAGCACUUGAAGAGCAUAAACCAGGAAAGUUGCAUAGACCCACUAGCAGAAAACCUAGCAGAUGUACUGGUCAAGACAAAAAGGGACUGGCUCAUUAAGCAAAAGGGCUGGGAGGGGUUUGUGGAAUUCUUUCAUGUAGAGGACCUAGAAGGUGGCAUCAGAAAUGUGCUGCUCGCCUUUGCCGGUGUUGCUGGAGUAGGAGCUGGUUUGGCAUAUCUAAUAAGAUAGCCUUGUAAGUGCAAUAAAUGACUUGUAACCAACUCCAGGCACCAAAACUGCACACUUCUGCUGUGAAAUUAGAAGUAUUUAUGAAGCUGGACAUCAAGCCACCCAGGCUAGAACAUCCAAGAAUCCUUCUAGAGCACUGAGUACUAGCAGGAAAAGGAAGUGGUAUUCUACCUCUUGGGUAGAGGCAGAAGGGGACUUGGAUAAGAAUAAAUACUAGUGGAAAAUGUGCCCUGCUUCCUAGAAGAACAGCCAUCUGAAAGAAGCAAACUUGUCUGUCUCAGCAACAGGCAGAUCUUGGGGGAAGACCAGGAAGAGAUUUAGUGAUAGGGUUGAGAGAACUUUCUUCCUUCACAAAUAACAGUGGUCCGUAGACUUCCUAGUCAUAGAACUGUUUGAGAAAUCUCUCUUGAAUUCGCUAGUUUCACAGGAUGAAAAAAGCACUAACAAUGCCAUGGGCCUAAGUUCUGCUUUAUAUAACUAUGACCGGAAUCUUCUUUAAAGUAUCACAGUGAAAGUGGUGUGGCUCAAGGUGGGAGGCAAAUUCCAAGUGUACCCAGGUAUACCUACCUGCUCGCUCAAUCUCUUUUUUUUCUUUCUUUCUUUUUUUGGCAUGGUGUUGAGUGAGUUUAUUACUCUGGUGAUACUUAUGGAUGAGUUACAGUACAGAAAUUAACUGUUGUAUAGACAAACUUUUUAGAGCCUUCCCCCAAAAAAAAGAACAAAAAAAAUUGUAAAUGUGUUUAUAUCUGUAAAAAUUUGUAUAUAUUUUUACAGAAAUUUAUUUCCUUGAAAUGUUGUAAGGAAAGAUUCUGUGUUUAGGGUUCUUUCUCCUACCUUCUAAAAUUUGUAAUUUGUUUAGCCAGGUGAUUUAGAACCCUUGUCUUCUGUGUAACAUUUCUGAUCUUAACCAGUCCCAUAUUUUUGGUAUUCAGAGCCAACUUGUGAUGUAUUCAAAGGCUACACAGUUAUGAAUCAGUUUUUAAAACUACCUUUGUGUUAUUUUCCUUGUGGAUAGGGCUUAUUCUUUGAAGGGAUCUGGGAUUGGGGGAGGAAAAGUGUAGUACAUGAAAAGAUUGAGUCGUGCAGCUUCUUAACAAUUGAGCCAAAGUAAUUUUUAGAACUUGCAUUGAGUUAUUUUUGUUUGUUUUUUUUACAAAUAAUGGCUUUUGUGUUCAUGCCAUCAUGCACAUACAUUCAGUUUGAGUUCUCCGUUUUUGAGUCACUGCCAUCUGACUCUUCAUGUUAUUAAUACAGUUUAGUUUGUGGGCUUAGUUUUAUUUUCCAGAACUUUCUCACACUUUUCACCUAAAUUUCUGUAGCAGACUUUGUGUAGGAAGUCAUCCACCUGAAGCAAACAUAACCUUGUUUGCUCUAAAAAACUGCAAGUAAAUGUAAAGAAAGAUAAAUGCUAACCAUGGUGCUAUUAUUAGGCUUGCUUGUCAAAUACAGGGUAAGGCCUAGUCUGUCAAUAAAACAAGUGUUUCUAUAUUGUUCAGAAUUUGCUAUUGCAAUGAUUCCCAAACUCUUGGCCAAAGACACUCAGCUUUGGCCUCUGUCUGGAUAGCAGACUUGCUUUCCAUUUUUCUCCCAAAUUACUCUUUCUUUUCAAACAUUUGUUUCCUCUAGCUCCAGCCCUUCUAUAAGUAACUGUGGGACCAAUCGCUGUUACUCUUCCUUCUCCUUUCAGAAUGUGGCUCUGUAGACUCAGGUGACCUCAGAUGGUCCCUGCACCCCCUUCUCAGAGUUGUGAACCUUCUUGUCUCCCAGUGUUCUAUUGGAUAGAGACUUUGGGCUUGGUGCCUGUGUCUGCAGGGAUGGGAAAGUCUUGCGCUGGUGCCCUUUUGCUAAACCUGUGUUUUGAUUGAUUUUUUCUUUGAAAGUCCCUUUGCUGUUUGGGCUUUUCAGAGAAAGGGGAAAAGAUCUUGCUGUGUGGUGUCUUCUACAAAUGGCCUUUUGGGUGGGGGAGGGUGUGUCUCCAAAGUCCUUUAGAAGGUGAAUGGCUGAAUCACUUUGUCACCUUUCUGGAUUGUUUUUCACUGGGGGCACUUAAACCUUUUAAAGUGGUGAGUUGGGUUUGUAUAAAAGUGUUAAACCUCACAGAGCUACCUAACAGUUAUUGACCUGUUUGAAAAUAACUUGGCUGUGGAGCUGGUUUAAUCUGAAAAACUGCCACAUUGUUGCCAUUGAAUUAGACCUUUAGUCUGUGGACUUUGUGUAGCUAAAAUAAGCAUACAUCAAGUUUGAGUAAGAAUGUAGUAGGGAAGAAUGACCUGCCUGCUCAUCUCUAAGCCAUGAGGCCUAAUGCUGGAGCUGUUUUUGCCCUAGUUGUGUUUCUCAUUCUUAAUCAUAAUUCCGCUUAUUUAUAUCAUACAUAUCGGAGGAACUAAAAGCACUUUAUAUAGUUUUUAUAGCUUCAAAAUCCACAUGAAAGGGGCAAGAGAAAUUCUACCCCAUUUUACAGCUGGGGAAAUUAAGGCACAAAAAGGGUGUCACCCAAUAAACCAACAGUGGAGCUCCUCAUAAAGAUCUUGACUUCCAGAUCAUUAUGAAGGGAUUCUAUUGGUAGAGUCUGAGACCUCAGAUCGGAGAAUUUGGUUUGUGGGAUGAGAAGAGUUAGGGUUUGGGGGAGGGGGAAGAGGGGAAUGCGCUCCUGAGGAAGUGUAGGGAGAAGAAAAGAACCUCAGUGCGUUAAAGGACUGGCCACUCUUACAUAAUUGAUUCCAGUCCUGAGACGAAAAGGGAAGGGGUGGUGGCGCAAGGGAUGCUCCGAGGAACCGCAUGUAUCAUUUUCUUCUGCUUCACUCAGGGAAAUCGGUUGAAAUCCCUGGUCUAGGCUUCCCUACAAAUCCUGUGUCUGGGGAGUGUACGCCCUGCCUGAUGCUCCUCUUGAAGAGGUGAGCCAGGGAGGGUGAGGACCAAUGGCAAAAUACACAGGUUAUAAAAUCUCGUUUGUUUUCUUAACUUCCUGUUUUUUUCUGAGAAAAGGAUAAUAAAUCUUUUAUUUAAAUUAAA